AUGCUGACGCAGUUUCAGUCCGGCGAGUCCCCUGAUCCCAAUGAUCUUCGGCGAGUUUUGAACCACCUAAAAAUCACAUCUUGGAUCGAUUGCUUCGCGGAAGUUGCGUUUUUGGAACAGGAAAUUUUUGCGGAGGAAGGAAAUGGGGAAGCUUCUCUGCUCUGGAGCUCGAUGGGGCUCAUGGUAUACGCUCUGGUUGUGCUGUUUGAUACAACGCCGAAUGGCAAGAGGAAGAAGAUGGAGGAGUGUUUCCGUCUGAAAGAAUCAACGGUCAACGUUGAGAAACUGAACGCCGAUGAUCUCCGUUGUCCGAUAUCUCUUGAGCUGAUGAAGGAUCCGGUGACGGUUUCUACUGGUCAGACUUACGACAGGUCUUCUAUUCUCCGGUGGCUGAAGUCCGGCAACCAGACUUGCCCCGUAACCGGGGAGAUGCUCGCCAGCUCAGACCUCAUCCCCAACUCAACCGUUCGACAGCUGAUCAACCUUUACUGCCAUGAAAAUGGCAUUCUGAUUCCUCAACAGGGUAAGCUGCUGAAGAGGGAUUUAUCAAAGACACUCACCCCUGCUUCUCCUGCGGCGGUGGGAGGCAAUAGAAUUGCUGGGGAGUCCGCGGUGGGGCUCCUUUAA